CUGGGCUUUAGCACAGCCUGCUAGACUUCUUUUGGAAGAGUGCGGGGAGGAAGAACACAGUCUCCUACAGGACAGCUGAGCCACUACGUGCCCAGCACUGGUCGCAGGCCAGCUCCUUCACUAUGGUGGUCCCCACUGGCAAUGAAUCCAGUGCUACAUAUUUCAUCCUAAUAGGCCUCCCAGGGUUGGAAGAGGCUCAGUUCUGGCUGGCCUUUCCGUUGUGCUCACUCUACCUUAUUGCUGUACUAGGUAACUUGAUGAUCAUCUACAUUGUGCGGACUGAACAAAGCUUACAUGAGCCCAUGUAUAUCUUUCUUUGCAUGCUUUCUGGCCUGGACAUCCUCAUCUCCACCUCGUCCAUGCCCAAAAUGCUGGCCAUCUUCUGGUUCAAUUCCACUACCAUCCAGUUUGAUGCUUGUUUGGUACAGAUGUUUGCUAUCCAUUCCUUAUCUGGCAUGGAGUCCACAGUGCUGUUGGCCAUGGCCUUUGAUCGCUAUGUGGCCAUCUGCCAUCCACUACGCCAUGCCACUGUGCUUACAUUGCCUCGUGUUGCCAAGAUUGGCAUGGCUGCUGUGGUACGGGGUGCUGCACUGAUGGCUCCCCUGCCUGUCUUCAUCAAACAGCUGCCCUUCUGCCAAUCCAAUGUCCUUUCCCAUUCCUACUGCCUACACCAAGAUGUCAUGAAGCUGGCCUGUGCUGACAUCCAUGUCAGUGUCAUUUAUGGCCUCAUUGUCAUUAUUUCUGCCAUUGGCCUGGAUUCCCUCCUCAUCUCCUUUUCAUAUCUGCUUAUCCUUAAGACUGUGUUGGGCUUGACACGUGAAGCCCAGGCAAAGGCAUUUGGCACUUGUGUCUCCCACGUCUGUGCCGUUUUCAUAUUCUAUGUGCCUUUUAUUGGAUUGUCUAUGGUGCACCGUUUUAGUAAGCAGGGUGACUCUCUCCUGCCCGUCGUCAUGGCCAAUAUCUACCUGCUGGUUCCUCCUGUGCUCAACCCCAUUGUCUAUGGAGUGAAGACAAAGCAGAUCCGACAGCGCAUCCUUCGUCUUUUCCAUGUGACUGCGCACACGACAGAUUCCUACUGAAUGAUUUUCUUUU